AUGACAACAAAUAAUGACUUUGAAAAUGGCCGUGAUUAUCCCAUAGUGUCAACUUCUAAUUCUAUUAACACACGAGAACAUUCGGAAAUUGAUGAUGCAACAAUAUUAACCGGAGUUUCUGCACAGGAUAAUUUUGAAACAGAUGAUCAACCUCGACAAAAAGCAAUCACCUUGCAUAUACAAGGAAUGACAUGCAAUUCCUGUCAAACAUCCAUUGCUACCGCGCUAAAUUCGACGCCUGGUGUUAAAAAAGUAGAUGUGAGUUUAGAGGGAAAAUAUGCGGUUGUCACAUACGAUGUCCUUUCUUUGAGCGAAAAUGAGAUUGCAGAUAUCGUAGAGAAUUGUGGUUACAAUGUUCUGAAAAACAACAAAGCAAUUUCAAAGAAUGAAAAUGUCAAACAAGUAAAAUAUUCUUUAUUAGGAAUGAUCAACGAGUCUUGCGUUAACUCCAUCACUAGUUCUCUAAAAAAUAUUAAUGGCAUUAAAAAUGUUAAUGUUAAUCCCGACUUAAAGAAUGUCAUUGUAUGGUAUGACGAAGAAGUUAUCAAAAAGCAUGAGAUUGUUGAAACCGUCGAAAAGUGUGGAUACAAUGUCACGCCCGAAAUUGGAUCCUCUUCACAUUAUGAUGAAACUUCUCUCUCAACAGUUAGCAUUCAUCAGUUCGACCAGAAACAAUUCCGUACUUGUCAAUUAAAAGUUCGCGGAAUGACUUGUGCCUCGUGCGUGAGUAGUGUUGAAAAAGUAGUUAAAAAUGCUCCAGGAGUAAUUUCAAUCCAAAUUUCUCUACUUGUCGAACAAGCAACCGUGGAAUACGACCCGAAUGUUACGAGUGAAGAGAGUAUUGUUUCAUUAAUUAACUCUAUUGGAUUUGAAGCGUCCCCUAUUAUAAAGAAGAGAAAAGAUACUGUAGAACUUCGAAUACAAGGAUUGAAUGACCCUGAAGAUGCAUACAAACUCGAGAAGAACUUACACAUGUUUGCGGGAGUCCUAUUUGUGUCAGUAAAGUAUGCCAGCAGUCUUGCUACUAUUCAAUUUGAAAAUGAGACGACAGGUGUCCGCGAUAUUAUUUACCACAUCAAUGACCUUGGAUUCAAUGCUUCACUCAAUGAUAAUAGUAAUAAAGAACAGUUGGAGUCACUUACUCGUGUCAAGGAGAUUGCUGAGUGGCGUAGAUUAUUUUAUUGGUCUCUCGCUUUUGCCAUCCCAGUGUUUAUCAUUUACAUGAUUUUACCGGAGUUUGAAUGGGGUUCUAAUUUAGAAGGCACACAAAUAUUCCCAGGCAUUUACGCCGGUGAUUUACUUUCGUUAAUUUUAGCUACACCUGUUCAAUUCGGAGUUGGAAAAAAGUUCUACAUCAUUUCAUACAAAGCUCUAAGGCAUAAGACAGCAACAAUGGACCUUCUUGUGGUUAUUGGGACUACCAUUGCAUUUUUAUUUUCUUGCUUUGCCAUGUUGUAUACAAUAUAUGAUCCUAGCUAUCCGAGACAACCAGUGUUUUUUGACACAUCUACCAUGUUGAUCACGUUCGUGAUGCUCGGAAGAUAUCUUGAGAAUAAGGCCAAAGGCAAUACAUCAACAGCACUUUCGAAACUCAUGACACUAAGUCCCAGCAAUGCAACCAUCUUAAUUAAGGAUCAACAGAGCGGACGAUAUAUUAAAGAGGAGAAAAUUCCCACGGAAUUAUUACAAGUAGGAGAUAUAGUUAAGGUUAUUCCUGGUGAAAGGAUUCCUGCCGAUGGUAUUGUCAUUUCCGGACGAUCUACAGUAGAUGAAUCUAUGGUGACUGGAGAAGUCAAUCCUGUAAAGAAAGAAGUUGACGAUAUGGUAAUUGGAGGAACAGUUAACGGUUUUGGAAAACUUGAAAUGAAAGUUGCUCGCGUAGGAAGCGACACCGCUUUGUCCCAAAUCGUAAAGCUCGUGGAGGAGGCACAGACCUCUAAAGCUCCUAUCCAGGAAUUUGCCGAUACCGUGGCUGGAUAUUUUGUACCUGUCGUUGUCAUAUUAGGAUUACUAACGUUCGUUGUAUGGAUGAUCCUGGCAAAUGUAUUGGAUAAUCUUCCAGCAAUAUUUUAUCAAGAAAACAGUCGAUUUAUGGUUUGUCUUAAAUUGAGCAUCUCAGUGAUUGUGGUUGCUUGUCCAUGUGCCCUCGGUUUAAGUACUCCCACAGCAGUUAUGGUUGGCACAGGUGUUGGAGCACAGAAUGGAAUAUUAAUUAAGGGAGGAAGUUCCCUUGAGUCAGGGAAUAGAGUCAAUGAAGUGAUUUUUGAUAAAACUGGAACCUUGACCAGAGGCCAACUUGAUGUUACUCAUUCUGAAAUAUUAACAGAAAGCCUUGAGUUCACGCAUGAAACGUUUUUCGCUAUUCUCGGAGCCGCCGAAUCUUCCAGUGAACACCCUUAUGGAAGAGCUAUAGUCAAUUAUACAAAAAAUCUUUUAGAAGUUGAGAAUAUUAAUGCACAGGUUACCAAUUUUGAAACGAUUGCGGGGCAGGGCAUAAAGUGUGACGUAAGUUUAAAUACAUCGUAUUCGAUAGUGCCAUCACUGUCAACUUCCACUAGCACGGUUGGAAAGUUAUAUAAUGUAUUGGUCGGGAACAUUCAACUCCUCCACAACCAAUCCCAAAUAUCAAUUCCUGAAACGGCACUAAAGAUUAAAGAGAACAAUGAGAGCCUUGGCCGAACCGUCAUCUUAGUAGCCAUAAACAAUAAAUUUGCCGGAUUAGUAUGUCUAUCUGAUGUUAUAAAGUCUGAAGCAAAAUUAACAGUCAAUGCGUUGAAUAAGAUGGGCAUCUCCGUUGCCAUGGUGACUGGGGAUCAAAAAAUCACUGCUGAAAAUAUAGCCGCGCAAUGCGGUAUCGAAAAAGUUUAUGCAGGUGUUUCACCCAAGGGUAAAACUCUUAUUGUUAAAUCUCUUCGAAAUGAAGGUACCGGUAAUACGGUUGCCAUGGUUGGAGAUGGCAUCAAUGAUUCUCCUGCAUUAGCCGCAGCCGAUGUAGGAAUUGCACUUUACUCUGGCACAGACAUCGCGAUUGAGGCUGCCGACAUUGUUCUUAUGCGAUCGGACCUUACCGAUGUUGUUGCUGCACUAGACCUCUCGCGAACAAUCAUUCGUAGAAUUCGUUUGAAUUUUGUAUGGGCCUGUAUUUACAAUAUUAUUGGCAUUCCAUUAGCCAUGGGUUUCUUUCUGCCUUGGGGAUGGCACUUACAUCCGAUGAUGGCAGGUGCCGCGAUGGUAUGCUCAAGUGUUAGUGUCGUAUGCUCGAGUUUAAUGCUAAAAUUUUGGAAGAAACCUUUGUGA